AAAUUGAGAUUGGAAUAAUACCAGAAAAAUAGUAAGAUGGGACAUGGGAGAUAGCAAAGCUCUUACCAAAGUCUAAACCAAAACAAGAAAUUUGUAAUCAAAACCGACACAUACUAUGAUACUAUACUCCUCUUUCCUUUUCCAUUUUAUUUCCUUCAAUUUCUUUCAAUCGUUACGACAGCUUGUUUUUCUCUGUUCCCAAACACUACCCAACCGAAAACCAGAGUAUCAUUCAAAGACCCAUUUCUCCGCCGUUUCUCCUCCCAUAAACCCUAGAGAUUUCUGCUCUUCUUUUCUUUGUCAAAGUCUGUAUCUUUUUUCUUUUCAUCGACUUUCUUAUAUUUUUUCUGAAAAAAAAAUGAAGGAACCCCAACUGGGUUUCUGGGGUUCUUUCGCCGUUCUGCUCCUUUUGUUUUUCUCGCUGUACCCACCAGUACACUCCCAGUCCGGCGGCGGCGGCGACGACGGAGCGGCCAUGGAAGCACUCCGAAAAAGCAUCGGCUCCAACAGUCUCGGGUGGUCCGGCACCGAUUACUGCAAAUGGGGAAAAGUGAGUUGCAAGGACGGCAAGGUUUUCAAAAUCCAAUUGGGUAACCAAAAACUCACCGGCACGCUGCCGCCGGAAAUCCAAAAGCUUUCGAAUUUGCAGCAGCUGGAAGUUCAGAACAACCAACUCACCGGGCCUUUUCCGAGCCUCUCCGGGGUGCAACCGCUUCAGGUCCUCCUCGUCCACGACAACAACAUCUCGUCCUUCCCCUCCGAUUUCUUCACCGGACUUACCUCCCUCGACAACAUCAACAUCGACUACAAUCCCUUCGCUGCGUGGCAGAUUCCCGACAUUCUCAAAGAUGCCACACAGCUGAAGGAAUUCUCCGCCACCGAGACCAACCUCACCGGAAGAAUUCCCGAUAUCUUCAGCAGUUCCAAUUUCCCAGGUUUGACUGAUCUACAUUUGGCUUUCAAUUACCUUGAAGGCGAAUUGCUUGCUAGUUUUUCGGGUUCGAGUAUUCAGUCCCUCUGGUUGAACGGCCAACAGGGCACCAAUAGGCUUAAUGGUACUAUUGAUGUGUUACAGAACAUGACUUCUCUGCGUGAGGUUUGGUUACAUGGUAAUUAUUUCACCGGUCCUAUACCGGACUUGUCGAACUUAGGUUACUUGACCACUCUGAGUUUGAGGGAUAACAAGCUCACCGGCGUUGUUCCCGCGUCUUUGUUGAAUCUUAAAUCCCUUACUUCUGUUAAUUUGACCAACAAUAUGCUUCAAGGACCAAUGCCCAAGUUUGGCGAUGGGGUUCUGGUGGAUAUGACGGGGGUAAAUAGUUUUUGCAGUGAUAAGCCGGGUGUUGAUUGCGACGCUCGUGUCAAUGUAUUGCUUUCGGUCGUCAAAGACAUGGGUUAUCCUACUGUUUUUGCAGAUAGUUGGAAGGGGAACGAUCCUUGUAUUAACUGGAUGGGAAUUACGUGUAAUGGUGGAAACAUUACUGUUGUCAAUUUUCGGAGCCUGGGUCUUUCGGGUACGAUCUCUUCAAAUUAUUCUCUGCUUACCUCCUUGCGGACAUUGAGACUUGACGAUAAUAACCUCACGGGUACCAUACCAAAGGAGCUUACGCAACUGCCCAACCUUCAACAGAUAGAUGUUAGUAACAACCAACUUUUUGGUCAAGUACCAAAGUUUAAGAAUGUGGACGUGAAAACAGAUGGGAACCCUAAUAUUGGUCAGGAUCAUCCCCCUUCGCCAGCGACGCCUACAAUUCCUAAUUCACCGCCUGCCUCCCACUCAGAUGGAGGUAAAAAAUCUAGGACUGGGGUGGUUGUUGGGGCUGGCAUCGGCUGUGUUGGCGGAUUGGUUGUAGUUGGGUUUGUUGCUAUCUGUCUACUUAAGAAAAAGCAUAAGCAUUCUGGCGGAGUGCAAAGUGCAAACGCAAGUAGGGGACCUAAUGACAUUCAUGUGGUUGAGGCUGGAAGUAUGGUCAUUUCGAUCCAAGCUUUGAGAGAUGUGACCAAUAAUUUCAGCGAAAAUAAUGUAUUAGGAAAAGGUGGUUUUGGAACUGUGUACAAAGGGGAGUUGCAUGAUGGGAAAAAGAUUGCAGUGAAGAGGAUGGAAUCUGGAGUGGUGGCGGAGAAGGUUCUAAAUGAGUUCAAGUCUGAGAUUGCAGUUCUUACUAAAGUCCAACACCGCCACUUGGUUGGACUUCUUGGCUAUUGUUUGGACGGAAACGAGAGGCUUCUUGUUUAUGAAUACAUGCCUCAAGGGACUCUUAGUAGAUACUUGUUCAACUGGAAAGAGGAAGGUCUGAAGCCACUUGAAUGGACUAGACGGCUGACCAUUGCCUUGGAUGUUGCAAGAGGGGUUGAGUAUCUCCACGGUUUAGCCAGCCAGACUUUCAUUCACAGGGAUCUUAAACCUUCGAACAUUUUACUGGGAGAUUAUAUGCGGGCUAAAGUUUCGGAUUUUGGACUGGUUCGUCUUGUUCCAGAAGGGGAAGCCUCAAUUGCGACAGGACUAGCUGGAACUUUUGGCUAUUUGGCUCCAGAGUAUGCAGCAACUGGGCGGAUGACACUCAAGGUUGACGUGUAUAGCUUUGGAGUGAUCUUAAUGGAGCUGAUCACGGGUAGAAGAGCAAUUCUUAAAAGCGAACCAGAGGAGAGCUUGCACCUUGUUACAUGGUUCCGCAGAAUGCUCAUUAACAAGGAUGCACUCCGGAAGGCCAUUGAUCCAACAAUUGAUCUCAAUGAGGAAACUCUUUCCAGUAUUAACACUGUCGCUGAGCUUGCUGGGCAUUGCAGCACAACGGAGCCCUACCAGAGGCCUGACAUGGGUCAUGCAGUCAAUGUUCUUUCGUCGCUUGUUGAGCGUUGGAAACCAUCUGAAGCCGAAGAUUCUGACGGUAUGUAGGGAAUUGACCUCGAAAUGACCUCAUGCAGUCAAUGUUCUUUCGUCCCUCGUUGAGCACUGGAAACCAUCUGAAGCCGAAGAUUCUGAUGGUAUGUAUGGAAUUUACCUCAAAAUGUCCUCGAUUCGGUAUAUCCACGCACAUGUAUACUACUACAAACCUCCAUUUCCCACUUCGUAUGUAUAGUAGUAGGAUGAUCCUUAGAAAAGGGGAGGAGCAAAUUGUGUAAAUGUUAUAUUUUUUGUAUGCCUUGUUUGAAUCUUUCUUCUGUGUUCUGAGGAAAGGGGUUUCAAUGCCUUCGAUUUGUACCAUUCUUUUUGUACAACUGAUUCGAUGUUUUGCAUUUAGACUUUCUGUGAAUAAUGGAAUGUACCAUAAUUGACAUGGGUAACGAUUACUUA